CGUUGUUACGUCCUGGUCGGUUAGAAGUUCAUAUGGAAAUUGGAUUGCCGGAUGAACGUGGUAGACUCCAAAUCUUGAAAAUUCAUACGGCAAAGAUGAAACAAAAUGAUAUAAUGGAUUCGGAUGUUGAUUUGGAUGAACUUGCCAGCUUAACUAAAAACUUUAGUGGUGCAGAGAUAACUGGUCUUGUAAAGAGUGCUAGUUCAUUUGCGUUUAAUAGGCAUGUUAAGGUGGGAACACUUGCUGGUGUAGCUACUGAUAUGAACGACAUGAAGAUCAAUAAGGAGGACUUUUUAUGUGCAUUAGAUGAAGUUCAUCCUGCCUUUGGUGUGAAUGAAGAAGAACUUCAACAAUGUGUCCAAAAUCAGAUUAUUCCAUUUGCUUCUAAUGUAGAACAAGUUCGAAAAAGUUCACGAACACCUCUUGUUAGUGUUCUCUUGCAUGGUCCUCCGGGUAGUGGUAAAACGGCACUGGCAGCAACUAUGACAAUGGCAUCAGAAUUCCCGUUCAUCAAAUUAAUUUCUCCCGAAUCUAUGGUAGGAUAUGCAGAAUUAGCAAAAAUAGCCAUUAUUAGCAAGGUUUUCAAUGACUCUUAUAAGUCACCUUUAAGUGUAAUUGUCAUUGAUAACAUUGAGAGAAUCCUUGAUUGGGUUCCAAUUGGCCCUCGAUUUUCGAAUUCUAUCUUGCAGACAUUAUUAGUUUUGCUCAAGAAACGACCACCUAAAGACCGUCGUCUUUUAAUUCUAGCUACCACAAAUGAAAAAUCUGUUUUGGACGAUAUGAAUAUGUCUGAUUGUUUUAAUUCCGAGAUUUAUGUUCCCAAUAUUACUGAAUUGAGUUCGGUUGAUGUUGUUCUGAAAGAGUUAGCGUUGUUUAACGACGAAGAGAGAAAUCGAGCCCUUAAUGCUUUGAAACAAGGUGGAGUAGAAAUGAGAAUUGGUAUCAAAAAGCUUUUGACUAUAAUAGAGAUGAGCCGUCAAGAUGUGGAUAAGGUCGAUAAGUUUGUUAGCACCAUAUUGAGCAUGGCACCACACAAAGUUGAUGCAAAUACAUUAUAUAUACCUGAUAAGUCUGAAAUUUCAGACCCGACGUCCCUAUAUAAACUUUAUGAAUGA